GACAGUCUGUGGGAGGCUGGAUGAUGGAGGAAAAGGGAUGCUGUGGAUGUUUUCCCCCUAUAAUGAUGUUUCGAACAAAUAAAAUAUUUCGCUUUUAAAGCGUCUGGCCAUUUCAACAAGAGAGACCCCCCAGCUAUGCUGUGUAUAAAAUCUGCCUUCAUUCAGGAGGCACUUUAAUAUAUAUAUUUAUGUAUUUUUUUUUAUUUAAAUUGAUUUGGAGCUGGCAGCGCCGCGGGAGCAGGCCGCUUCGCCAAGCCGCUCCAAGCCGUAUAUAGAGUAAGUUUUCCGGGUGGGGGUCAACCUUGGUUCCGCUGAGUCAAACUGCGGCAACGCCAGCAUCACGGCGAGUACCGAGGAGGCCGGGGAAGGGGACCGCGUAGAGGCUAAAGAAUAUUUUGUCUUCGGCUUAACCGGAGCACCAGAAGAGGGGAUUUUUAAGUUGUGCUUUGCACAUACGGCUGCUUGAGCUUAAAUCGGCCAUCAAGUAUGUCUCCCAGGUUGUGGUGGAGGUGAGCUCACGCUGGAGGUCUCCGGUGGGAAGCACAAUGUUAUGACAGCUUGGUCCAUGGUGGAGAAGCCGAAUAUGGAGAAACGGUCCUCCGGGGCAGAAGCGAGCCCACCGAAGGAGGCCCUGGAUGGCAGCGGGGAUUCGGAGGAGGGUUCCAGCUCAGAAAGCGAGGCGGACCAGGUGAGAAGCAGCAGCCAGAAGAAGGAGACCUUAAUAUCUACCAAACCCCACCGGCAGCUCUGCCGCUCGCCAUGCUUAGAUCGCCCAAGUUUUUCCCAGAGCAGCAUCUUGCAGGACCUUUGCAGCGAUGACUCCAGGCUCAACACCAGCAAGCCCAGCACCGACAAGGGCUACCAGGCCAAGAUGGACUUUGCCCUGAAGCUCGGCUACUCUGGAGAGCAGGUGGAAGCAGUGCUGAGCAAACUGGGGGCCAGCGCCCUGAUUAAUGACAUCCUAGCGGAGCUGGUGAGACUUGGCAACAAGGGUGACAUGGAGACUCAGGCCAGCAGCUGCACAAGCACCUGCAGCAGCAGCAGCAACGCUGGGGCGCUGACACCUCGCAACACCUGCCCUAAGGAGAUCACCAGCCCUGAAGUAUCAUUAGAAGAUGACUCUGUGGACAAUGUAGACAACCUUCGGCCCAUUGUCAUAGAUGGCUCGAAUGUGGCGAUGAGCCAUGGAAACAAAGAGGUGUUCUCCUGCCGUGGCAUCCAGUUGGCAGUGGAUUGGUUUUUGGAGAAAGGACACAGUGACAUCACAGUGUUUGUUCCAGCCUGGAGAAAAGAGCAGUCCAGACCUGAUGCCCCUAUAACUGAUCAAGAAAUCUUGAGGAAACUUGAGAAGGAGAAGAUCCUAGUGUUCACACCAUCAAGGAGGGUCCAGGGAAGGAGGGUGGUCUGCUAUGAUGAUCGGUUCAUAGUCAAGCUGGCAUAUGACUCAGACGGCAUCAUCGUUUCCAAUGACAACUACCGGGACCUUCAGAACGAGAAACCGGAGUGGAAGAAAUUCAUAGAAGAACGUCUCCUCAUGUAUUCUUUCGUAAAUGACAAGUUCAUGCCACCAGAUGACCCUUUGGGGAGACACGGUCCCAGUCUGGAGAACUUUCUUAGGAAACGGCCUGUCAUCCCAGAGCACAAAAAGCAGCCGUGCCCAUAUGGAAAGAAAUGUACUUAUGGACACAAAUGCAAGUACUACCACCCCGAACGGGCGAACCAGCCGCAGAGAUCGGUGGCAGAUGAGCUCCGUGCGUUCGCCAAGCUGACGGCUGUGAAGACGAUGAGUGAGGGCGCCCUGGUGAAGUGCGGGGCAGGCCCCGGGGCCUCAAAAGCCGAGAGCGGCUCGGAAGCCAAGCGCGUGGCCCCGAAGCGCCAGUCGGACCCCAGCAUCCGCUCUGUGGCUUGCGAGCCGGAGGAGAGGCUGUCCGUCGCCCGGAAGUCCGAGGCCAACUCUGUGCCUUCCCUCGUCUCGGCCCUUAGCGUGCCAACCAUGCAGCCCGCAAAAAGCCAUGCGGCCGGCGCCUUGAACACGCGCUCGGCCAGCAGCCCCGUGCCCGGCUCCUCACAGUUCUCCGGCAGCUCGCUGGAACACAUGUCCAGCGUGCAGUACCCGCCCAUCCUGGUCACCAACAGCCACGGGGCCUCGGUUAGUUACAGUGAACCCUUCCCCAAGUAUGAUUCGGUGGGCGAUCACGGCUACUACUCCAUGAUGAGCGACUUCUCCAGCAUGAGUUUGGGCAGCAUGCACAACACCGACAGUUUCUACAGCAUGGAGCACGAUAUGGGCAUUUACCCGAAAAACCACUCCAACUGUGAGUCGUUCUCCUCCUACGGCGAGCCGUACAUGGGCUCCGUCGACGGUGGCAUGGAGGAUAGCGUGAAGGGCCACCCGUCCUCGUCCCAGAGCCGACUGCAACCCUUCGCUCAUGGAUACAGCCACGAGGCCUUGACCAGGGUGCAGAGCUAUGGGCAGGAGGAGCCUAAGCAGCCCCCCCGGAAGCAGUCCCACCUAGCCCCCCACGCGCAGCAUGCUGUGGUAGGCGCCCGCUCCAGCUGCCCUGGGGACUACCCCGUACCUCAGAACCUCCACCCCUCAUCGUCCUCUCAGGCCGGGCGCUCCCUGGGCAUGACCCGCAUGGACAGCAUCUCCGACUCUCGCUUGUACGAGAGCAACCCCAUGAGACUUAGGAGGCCGCCUCUGUGCCGGGAGCAGCACGCCAGCUGGGACCCCUUACCCUGCGGGUCUGAAUCCUGUGCAUACCAGCCGUACCCACUGAGCAAUAGCCUGAUGCAGCCAUGCUGCGAACGGGUGAUGGUGCGCAGCAUGCCCGACAGGAUGGAGCAGAUCUGGCGUUCCCCUUGGGAGGGCCUGCCGACCGAGCACCCGGAGAGGCAGGUCAUCCCCGAGCAUCAGUACCAGACUUACCGCAACCUCUGCAACAUCUUCCCCGCCUACAUCGUUCACUCCGUCAUGGAGAAAAAUCCCCACCUAACUGACCCACAGGAGCUCGCUGCUGUUAUAGUUAGCCACCUGAGGUCAGAACGCUAGCCACUUCAGUUAUGGGAAGGGUUGGGGGGGCUAUGAUAUAUAUGAUAUACAUAUAUAUAUAUUUUGUGGACAGUACCACUGUUUUGAAACACAUAAUGCACAAAGUACAAUAUAUGUUGUAUAGAUGUGUGUCGACACAAGCACUUCUGUAAAUAUUUUUUGAUUAACCAGUAUUUCUUUGUGAGAUGAAUAAAGACAAAGUUCCGAUUGGAUCCUAAGGAAGUGCAUACCUCAGUGCAUGGAACUUCAACUUAUAUGGCCUUAUAUUUAAAUGACCUCACUGCAGUUAUUGUUGACAGCUAUUCAUUUUGAGUUUUCCUGUUGUCCGAGAGGUCUCCUCCUCUUCUUCAUACAGUAUCGAGCGCUUUCUGUUUUCCGCAGCUAUUUUCCCGGUAGGUUUUCACCAUUACUUUCCGCGCCGAUUUUCACAAAAGCUAUGAACAUGAAGCCAAACAGGAACACGGAAUACGUUUGCCUUUUGGCAGAAGUGAUACGUAGUCACCCUGUAUACAAGAAGGUUCAAGUAGCCAUGGUUAAUAAGUAUUUUGAAGCUGCUGAAUUAAUGCCAAAAAGAUAAUCAACCGUGUCGCAUUAAGGCACAAAAAUUAUGUUUUUGAUGUCGGUAUUGGCUGAUUUUUUUCUUUCUUUUUCUUUUAAAUGAUGAAAUAGACUAUAGUAUUGCUUAGGUGUAUAUAUGACACUGUCAAGUGCAGUUACGACAGCAGUGUGUAAUAAACUAUUUUUAUCUGUAUCGUUUCAACAUUUGAAAAAUCGCGUGAAGGUGCGCGCUGCUUUCCCUGGGUCUCCGUUUUGUGUGGCGGAAACAGGCGCAUAAUCUGGGAGCCUUCAAAGAACUGCACUUUGAGUGAUUUAUUUUCCUUACAAGUUCUUAUUGAGGGGGGUCUGUUGCUUGUCAGCAAAAUGCCUUAAUAGGGCAUUUCUUUUUUAAAUUGCUGAAACAGGAACAAUUGUCCCCCUUGGAACUUAUUUAAACUUUGCCUGUUAAUGGCCUGAUGGAGUCUGAGUCCAGGCAUGUAGUUGUCGUGUUUUUUUCCCUUUCUUCUCUUCUUCUUCAUGAAAUGGGUGAAACGGCCGCUUACGGCCCGUGGUUUCUUCGUGAGAAGGCGUGACACCACCUAAAUGUUUCUUCAUGUGAAACACGCAGAACGUGAGGCUCCUGUCAGGGUUGUUUCUGGCAUUUGGCUAAUGGCUUGUGCGCUGCUGUUCUUUUUUUUGUUAAUUUUGUUAAAUAUCUUUUCUUUCUGCUCUUGCCCUCUUCUUUUUCAGACAAAAGGUCUGUUCAGUCUCAUUAAGAAAAGAGAAUAUAGUCAAACUGUUGAAACCUACUCUGAAAGGUAAAAGAUUGUAUGUAAAUUGCAGCCUCCAUGAACAGCUUGUAUCUAAUGACAUCACUUUACCUUUUUCGUGCAAUACUACUGUAAAGUUACAGUAAAUUUACAGUGUUUCUUAAAACGUGUAGCUCGGUAUUCUAUUGCUGCAACUGCAUGUUCUUUACAUUGUGAAUAGCCUAUUUAAUAACAUUCUAUUUUUUUUUUCUUCCUAGUAUGUUUUAUGGUCCUUAAACGCAGCAAACAGCAAAGCCUCAAAUGUCUAGAAACGACCUUUGUUUGUUGAUACAAAUUGUAUCUAUUUCUUGAUUGUACAAAAUAUUUAUGAAAUGUAUAAUGUCAUCUACGGAAUAUCUUUAUCUGAACACGGAAGAAAAAAAAACUUGCAACAAUUUUUGUGACACUGUGUGUCACUGGGAGUAGCCCAAGGGUAUGUACUUUUUCUUACUGGGCACAGUAGUUUAUAGACAGAAACUCUUUAUAAUCUGCUACACGUGCACAGAACUUGUGUGCACCGCUGCUGGCAUUAUUCUCAUUGUAUAUUUGAUUAAAAAAAGAAUAAUAAUAAUAAUACAACCUAAGCUGUAAAGUAACCGUACAAAUGUGUGGUUGAUGUGUCCUUGCGAUGUCAGUGUGGUAACCUAACGAGGGCUGUCAGGAAGUGUUUUCCUACUCCGCCCCCCACCCCUUCUCAGUUUCAUCAAGUUUCUAAAAUCAGCGUAACCUUAUUUUUUCGCAAGGUAUUCUAUGAAUGGUUGAGAUAACGGCAAAGCAUUCGGGUUACCACACUAUUUUAAGAGAGAAGUUAAUGUGAAGUUACUAUUUUGUUUCCUUAUUUGAGCUGGCCGCUCCUGUGGCACAUGUACUCGCCUUAAGUAUUGUCAAAUGAGUGAAAGCCUUUAGGAUUUAAUUUAUAUACUGUAAGAUGUCAUAAUCAGUGUUUGUGAACUGGUUAAUGGAAAGCCUUUGUUGUUUGUAAAAAAAAAAAAAAAAAAAAAAAAAUCGUUUGAGUGUAUACUGUUUUGCAAUAUUGGUAAAUUGAUCUUUAUUUAAUUGUUCUAAAAUGUAAAAAAAUGUUAUUUAGCUACUAAGAGCAUGCCAUGAUGACUAAUCUAUUUUAACCUAAAACAGCUGUUAAUCUGUUUGAUGGGGACUCCUACCAUAGUAGUGUCAUUUUUAAACUAUUUUCAAUGUUUUACUUCAAUACACAUCGUCAGUUCACCGUUAACAAAGUACCAUUAUGUUUUCCGAAUUGAUCGAUUGUAGAUGUACAGCCCCCAAUUCUCAGGUAAUACUCGGAUUUGUAAAGACAUGUAUGACAUUCACCCACUGCACUAUUGACGUUUGCUGUAUUGAAAAUCAAUGAAAAUAAUUUUAGAUUUGUGAAUCUUGGUACAAAUCUGUCACAUGUCAUGUGUUUCCAGAUGUCUUCUACUUUUGCUUAUUAUGCAGUUAAAGGUCAUAAGAGUGAAUUGAUUAUAAUUUAGUCUUGUGUGAUGAACUGCAGUAGUUUGUUUAUUAUUUGUUCAAUGAAACAUGUUGCUUAAAUUGUUUUAACAAAAACUUUAUAAACUCUUUGGGUCUGUUGACUCAAACAAAAUGUAAGUCUCUAUGACAACGGUUGUCUGCUUCUUUAUGUAAUGCCAAAAUGUGAUAAAUGUGAGUGAUCUUAGCAUGCUGUGGUGGUAUGCGAGAGAAGUACUGAUGAUCUCCAGACAAGUUCUUUUCUCGGAUAUCUAUAGGAGUGGGUCUCAGGGUUUGAGGGAUGUGUCUGAUUGGUUAGCGUUUUUGAAGAGAGAAAGUGUCUUUGAUCAUGGUAGUAGGAGGUUGCCAGAGAGUUGGUCUAAGAAAUUAUUUACCAUUGACAGCCAAUGUACAUAUUUGUGAAUGGUUUAACUACGUAAGAGCACUAUAAAUCGCUAACGCUAGCACCUUAACGUUAAUGGGGGAAAAAACUAAAAAUCAUCCAGUCGAUCUGUUAUGUUAUGAAUCACACCUUCCGUUCUGUUUGGCAAAAUGUUAACGCCAGUGCACUCUCCAAGAUGAGGUACAAAUCCUGGAGUUGUGUUGACUGUGGCUGAAUAUAAUUGUGUAGAAGAAAGGAUUUGGGUAUCAUAUAUUUGAAGGUGCAUUAUGCAACUCAUGUCGAUUUGCAGUCAGCCCAUAUCAAAGCACCACCUUUUAUUGUCUGCCAUUCUUCCUCAGUGUGAAUGAUUGUCAGGUGUAGUAACCCAUUCAGAGGCGAGCUACUUAAGUGCGAGCAAGCUGAUUGGAUGGAGUCAACAGAACCGCAGAAUUCAAAGCUUGUACUCAGUAACUACCAACUCUGCCGUUCUGAAAAUAAAAAAUGUUUUCCUCCAG